ACCGUUAGUUCUAAUCAGUACUUCGUGGCGGCAGGUGAUAGUAGCAAACCGGACAACUAAUAUUCGCGACAUUGUGUAAAGUGUUGUGUCAUAGGGGCGCCAUCUUCUGCCAUUGGAACUGAAGCAGUAUUGGAUGCAGAUUAGUGCAUCUCGCUAGAGGGAAGAAUUGUUUUUCAACAUUUCCAACGAUAUAAUCAGCCAUCAUGCCCCCGAAAGACGAUCCGGAAGUCGCCGCAUUGAAAAAAGAGAUCAAUGAUAUGAUCGCCAAAUUCCAGGAGGAACAGAAAAAGGCUGCAGAUUGCACGCUAUUCGAAAAGUGCGGAGACAUGGCGGAGACCCCGAAGGUACGCAUGUCGACGAAAAAGUUCCUGAAGGGCCACAUCAACAAGGUCAACUCGGUGCACUACGCGGGCGAUUCGCGCCACUGCGUGACCGGUUCUCUCGAUGGUAAGCUCAUCAUCUGGGAUACCUGGACAGGGAACAAGGUGCAGGUCAUACCGCUACGAUCGGCAUGGGUGAUGAGCGUCGCGUACGCGGAUUCGGGCAACUUUGUCGCCUGCGGUGGAAUGGACAACAUGUGCACUGUGUACGAUCUGAACAACCGAGACGCGCAGGGUAAUGCGAAAAUCGUGCGCGAACUGAUGGGAUACGAGGGUUUCCUGAGCUCAUGUCGAUUUCUCGAUGAUUCCCACAUCAUUACUGGUUCCGGAGAUUUGAAAAUCUGUGUGUGGGACCUGCAAGUUGGCAAGAAAACGUCCGAGUUCGAUGCCCAUGCUGGUGAUGUCGUUUCGAUUUCCAUGAGUCCGGACAAGAACACCUACGUUACUGGUUCAGUCGACCGUACUUGUAAGCUGUGGGAUGUAAGGGAAAACACACCGAAACAGACUUUCUUCGGCCAUGAGGCAGAUGUGAACAGUGUUAGCUAUCAUCCGAGUGGAUUUGGAUUUGCAACUGGUUCCGAAGAUAAAACGGCUCGUUUGUUCGACUUCCGUUCGGAUCAGCAGAUCGGACACUACGAGCCACCGAAUAAGAAUAGUGGAUUCACUUCAUGCGCUCUCUCACUGAGUGGCCGGUACAUAUUGUGUGGAUCUGAUGAUAACAAUAUUCACAUCUGGGAUACCAUGAAGGGCCAGCAUAACGGUACACUGAGUGGACAUGAAAAUCGAAUUACGUCGAUCUGUAUGGCACCGAACGGUAUGGCGUUGGCAUCGUGCAGCUGGGAUCAGCACGUCCGUAUCUGGGUCUAGACGGAUUCCGUUCCAAAAGUGAAGCAAUUCAAGUAUACUCUGUUUAAUCAAAUAACGAUAUCAUUUUAUCAGUCAACGAGCCAUGAUGAGCAACACGCGAUCAAGCAGUUCGAUCCGUUACUGAUCCCUUUAUUCUCUUAUUGCAGCGUCGAUUGAACCAAAUGAUGAUGAAAAUAGAAAAAGAAAACAAUAAACC